AUGAGGUCAAAAGCAACCCUCUGUGCCCUCUGGGCAUCUCUUAUAUCUUUCGGCCUAGCAGCAUCCUGCGAUCAGCUAAGCAACCCCUACCAAGGCCCUGACGAUACGCAAUUCGAGAUCACUUGCAACGCAUAUUCACUCGGCGGCAAUCAAAUCGGUCCCACCAUCGAGGUCACCGAUUUGUCGUCAUGCAUCGAGCUUUGUGCCACUACGUCAGGUUGCAAAGCCGCACUGUUUGACCGCAGCCAGUAUUUGUGCUACACGCUAGACGAAUCGGAUGGCCCAGCGUCCAACAGUCUGUAUGACAUGGCUGUUUUGCUGUCAUCUGCUGCAUCAACCACGGCGAUAACAUUUACGACAAUCCCGACUACUUCAUCUGCCGUCUCGGCACCGACACCUUGCAACCAACUCGAUAACCCUUCCUAUAUCGACGAUGUCAAGUUCACAAUCUUUUGCGGCCUACAAGCAACUGGCGGUAAUCAGGUCGACUACAGCAACCAGCUGCGCAGCUUGACGGAGUGCAUGACGUUCUGCGCUGACACCUUGGCUUGUCGCGCAGUCACGUUCGACAACUGGUUCAAAGAUUGUUACUUGUACGAUGGGUUCAAUGGUUUCAUGAGUGACUCCAACAAGGACAUGGCUAUAGCAUCCCGACCAGUUGCCUCAUCUACAACUGAAGCCCCAACUGAAGUUCCUACAACCACAUCAAUGCCUGCGGCGUCAACUACAGCAUCAUCAGGACCGCUCUCCUGCGAACAAAUGGCCGGCAGUGUUUAUACUGGUCCCAACGAGAACAAGUUUACUAUCAGUUGCGAUACUUCCUCGACCGGUGAAUCUAUCUACCGACGGGAUGAAGAAGAUAGCAUGCAGGGAUGCGUGGAUCGAUGUGACAGGGAAAGCAGAUGUAUUGCUGUCAAUUUCCUACCUUCUCCGUAUUACGAAUGCGACCUGAUUGAGUCAUUCAGUGGGACAAAAUCUUCACUUAGUACCAACUUUGCUUCCAAGAUACUUUCAUCAGCAUCAACCUCUGCGUCAUCUGAGACUUCAUCAGCACUCUACACAAGCUCUUUAGCGUCGAUAUCAUCCGGAUCUCCAGAAACUACAUCGUCAUCAUUGCCAUCGACACUCACAUCAGAGACCAUGUCAGCGAGCACAUUGGAGUCGCUAUCAUUCACAACUACAUCAGCUGUUACCUCCGAAGCAGCUGCCUCACUAUCAACAACCUUGUCAGCCUCUACAUCACUAUCGCUAUCGUCAGGCGCUCCUUCAGGGACUAUAUCGGAGUCUGCACUUCAGUCUACACUAGCGUCUACAUCAGCUACAACCUCACUGGCGGUCAUCUCAUCAUCGACUGAAUUGUCAGCAUCUCUACUAACCGACCCUUCAUCGCCGUUGUCGUCAGAAUCUGUAUCAGAAUCUACAUCAACUUCUCUAGAUCCAACUACCGUUGCAACAAGUACCGUCUCACUGCACACCGAUUCUACCAGCAUCGAGAUGUUGGCCUCCGAGACUUUGACCACUAAAACAUCCUCCGCGGAAACAUCAAGUUUGGAGACAUCGAUCUUGCAAACAUCAGACACUACAGCCCCGGCCACCACGAUCCAAUCUACCGUCACCGAAUCGAGCUUGAGUGAUACCGGCCGUAUUUCCACUGAGAUACAGUCCACAUCAGAUGCUUCCGCUUCGCCUUCGACCUCAUCAACUCCUACUGCAAGUAACAUUCCUGCCCUUGGUGAAUAUGCCUUCACAGGUUGUUUGAAAUCCCUUGAGGGCUAUCCAUCUUUCAAAGAGGUAGCAACUGAUCCAAAAAUGACCACCGGAAAGUGUGUCGACUUGGCUUCCGGAAGCAAGUACAUAGGUGUCUAUCAAGAGACUUGUUAUAAGGCCGAUCUGCUUGAUGAUACAGAAUUAAUUAUGGAUGCAAGCUGCGAUCUUCCAUGUCCUGGAGAUCGUACUCUUUUCUGUGGUGGUAUUCUUCGCAGCGAUCAAAGGCUUCUGCAUCGAGCGAUUGCACCUAACCGUCUUUUGACCCUCUAUAGCAAGGCGGCUUCCUCCUCCGACACCACUUCGUCUGCAUCCGUCACUGCCUCUGCUUCUUCCCUACAGACUACGGGAGCUCAAACCGAUAAAACAACUUCUGGAUCAACUUCUACUUCACGCUACAGUCAGACAGACUCAUCGUAUUCUCUUUCCUCCUUUACAACUAGGAGUGCUGGCUCAAAGACGCUUUCGGCCUCUCACUCCAUCAUCGAAGAGACCACAUCUGAGACUCGCCUGCCAACAUCCCUCCCUACCCCAACUGCCAUCCACACUGCUUACUCGACUUUGACCAUCGGUCAUGCUUACACCAAGACUCAAUUUGCCGUGACGGUAACCACUGUUACGUACACUACUAUCAACCCAAGCAAUCCUGCAUCUCUGACCACAACCUGUGUUCCGAUUACCCUUCUCUACACCCCUUGCGGGUGUAAGCAUCAGGUGUACCCAACAGUUGAUAUGACAACUGUUGCUUGUACUCAUGGAGGGGAUGUUGCUACUCUGACAGUUCCAAAGGCUGCUUAUGAGACUAGCAGUGCGAUCUAUACACACCCGAUUGUGCAGUAUCCUUCAGGUUGGGUUGGAGGACAUCAGACAGACGCUGCCGGCAACGGUCAUCCUGUGGUACAACCUACAGCAGGUUCACAUGGUGGUUCCAUAGGUGGUAGGCCUGAGAGUCCUUCUCUAUCCCCAGGAUUCGGAGACAGUUCCCAUCCUAGUUACAAGACGUACCAGCCUGCGGACUAUACUUCGGUUGCAGGAUCAAAGGACGGCCAUGAACCAGGGCAAGGGAACCAAAAACCCUCCGUCCCAGCUGAUCGCUCACCAGAGUCCAGCACGAAAACUCAGGCGAACCCUUCGAAGCCAACAUCUCCAAAGAGCUUGACUACCGCGACAAGUAUCUUGACAACACCCCAAAUCUACACUUCAGCCAUUCCUUCCCAAUCACCUCCUCAUCGCCAGGGUGAAGCUCUUUCAGAGUCCGAGGAAGCGCCCCAUACUACCGCAGUGGUUGUUUCAGAGGCUCAUAGAUAUGACCUCACAUCAUGGACUGCGAUGACUGCAAUAGUUGGGAUGAUUUUAUACCUUUAA